GAUAGCUAUUAUGGAUCAUCUGCUUUAUCUUAUUAGAAUGGCCCACAAUAGCUCAAGUACGUACCUACAUAAUGUACAUGCUUAACCUAGGCUGCUAGGUACGUAAGCCAAGUACGUACCGAUAGAGCUCUAUGUAAUUCACAUCUUCAACUGCGACACAAACUUGACAUUACACAUUAUAAGCUUCUUUUCAACUGUCUUACUUAAACAAGAAAUUUCCAGACAUUCUGCAAUAGAAGUUAAGAUUUACUGGUAUCUGUAAUCUUGGACUAGCCACACGUCGGAGCAUUCAAGCAGUUGAAUUCUCAGAGAAGGCGUUCCUUGUUCCACGACAGCUAGCUUCUACCCGAUCAGCGCUUCGAUUUACCUGCCCACAUACUACGAGACCUACCGCCAACGCCUCGUCCACCCUGGCAAGCAAAGCUGAAAGAUGAGUGGUGGAUGGAAUACCAUUGAGUCGGAUGCUGGCGUUUUCACCUUUCUACUUAAUAACCUAGGCGUUCAAAAUGUUCAGUUUGAAGAGCUCCUUACGUUAGAACCGGAAGCGCUGGCCUCGCUCCAUCCCGUCUACGGCGUCAUAUUCCUCUUCAAAUACCCCACAGACACUCCCUACACCUCGACCGAUAAGCCCCUCGAUGGCACCUUCGACCACGGUGCUGCGGAACGCCUCUGGUUUGCGGCUCAGACAAUACAGAAUGCGUGCGGCACGCAGGCAUUGCUCUCGGUGCUCAUGAACCGGGACGGAGAGGUGGAUAUCGGGACGCCGCUAAGCGACUUCAGAGAAUUCACGAUGGCGUUGCCGCCCGAGUUCCGCGGAGAGGCGCUCAGCAAUAGUGAGCUGAUUCGGAACGUACACAAUAGCUUCGCGCGCAGCAGUCCGUUCGUCGACGAGACGCAACGCACGGGCGGCGAGACAGAGGACGCGUUCCACUUCAUUGCGUACACGCCUGUUAACGGCGUGCUCUACGAGCUCGAUGGCCUGCAGCCGGCGCCGAUCGCGCACGGGCCAUGCACAUCGGAGACUUUCCCCGCGCGCGUCAUGGACGUGCUGCAGCGCCGCAUCGCGCGCUACGACCUCUCAGAGAUCCGGUUCAACCUCAUGGCGAUGGUCGGGGAUCGGCGGGCGGUCGCGCGGGAGAUUGGCGAUGCGGAGAUGCUAGCGCGCGAGGAACAGAAGCGUCGCGACUGGCAGUUCGAGAACACGCUGCGUCGGCAUAAUUUCGUGGGGUUUGCGGGCGCGGUGCUUAAGGGGGUUGUGGAUUUGAAGAUUAGAGAAGGGGGGGAAGAUGCGUAUGCUAAGUGGGUUGAGGAGGCGAAAGCGAAGACUAGACAGAGGCUGGAGAGUCGCAAGAAAGGGGGCGGUGAGGAUGUGGAGAUGGAGGGAUAGAUUCCCUACUUAUCCACACAUACAAGUACCUUGUGAAGCUACGCAUAAUGGAGACUAUUAGAUGUGUUAGGGCAGAGCAAUCUCCUAUUUCUAGGUAGUAUUGAUGGUCACUCGUUGUCUCGCGAUGGGG